AUGAACUCACGAUUUCUUCUUUUUUUUUUAUUCUUAAAAUUUUGUUUUUGUUACAUUAAAAAUAUUAAUAGAUUUACAAAUAGCAGUUUUUCAAUCUUAAAAAGUGAAAAAGACCAAGGACAAAAUAGAAAAAAAAAUAAAAAAAUUUAUUUAAAUAAUACUGGCCAUUCUACAUAUGAAUAUAAAAAUGUUUUAAAAAAUGGCGAGAUUAAUGAUGUUGGUACUAUAGAAAAUAUAACAGAUAAUUUUAGUUGUGAUGAAGAUAAAAAUAUUAGUAUAAAAUUUCUAAAUGCAAAUAAAGAAGAGGAUUAUAACGACCUAUAUUUCUAUCACAUAUUUAAAAAAAUAAAUAUUAUUAAAAAAAAUAAAUAUAUAUACACACCAGCAAAAUAUGAAGCAAUACGAUCAUAUAUAAAGAGAGAAUUAAAUGAUUGUUUAGACAUAAAUACUACAUCUUAUAUAUUUAAACUUUCCGAAUAUUUUCCAAAAAAUAUUUUAGAUGUAUCCGUAUAUGUAAAUGAAAUUAUAAAUAUUCUUAGUUUUUUUACAUUCAACAAUGUUAAUAAUGUAAAUAAAAUAACUAGUUGUCAUAUUGAUAAUAUAAAAGGAGAAAAAAAUAAAUUAAAUGAAAAUUUGAACAAUUUAUCUGAACAAAUUAAUAUUAUUAAUAAUAAUCAAAGAAACCAUAAUGUUGAUACUAAUAAUUGUGAUGGAAUUAUAAAUACACACAUUAGUUCUAAUGUACUUAUAGAAAAAAAUCACAUGAACAGUGUUCAUAAUUUUAUGAACAAAUCAGAAGAAAAUUGUCCAAAUUUGGUUUUAGAAGGAGAUCAAAAUAAUUUAUAUGAUGAAGAAAAAAUACAAAUGAUAAAAGAAGCAUACAUAAAUAAACUAAAAGGGAAAAAUGAAGAGACUACCAAAUUAUGUAACUCUUACAACGAUGUUGAUAAUACUAACAAUAUUACUAGCGAUAUUAAGGAUGAAAAUUUGUUUAAAUCAAUACAAAAAGAAAAAGAUAGUACAAAAAUUAGCAAAGUAAUAAGCAAGGAUGAAAACUAUAAAUCAUUUAGCUACUUUUUUUUUCGGCUAGUUGAUGCAAUUAGUGGAUUAUUUUGUUGCAUAGGAAAAAGGAACAAAAGAGAAGAAAUUUAUAAUUAUUUAAAAAAUUUUAAAUCUAUUGAAAAAAUAAAAAAUUAUAGUAUAACCGAUAUUAAAUUUAAUACAGAUUUUAUGAUAUACAUUAUAAGAUUAACAAAAUAUAAGCAUGAUAAUUUUAUUUGUUCUUUAAAAAAAUUAAAAAUGUAUGACACUGAAACGAUUAAAAAAAUAUUUUUAAAUUCAAUAUAUGAUAAUAUUUUAGAUCUAGAAUAUAUAAAAAAUUUAGAACAUGAAUAUAUUAUAAAGGAAGGAAAGGGAAAAAAAGUUUCCAACAAAAUAUUUAACGAUUUAAAUGAAAAUAAAAAUUGUGAUAAUAAUAUAAAGACAACACAUAAUUCAGGCAAGACAGAAAAUGUUAUAAGUAAAAAUAUAAACCAAACAAAUCUUACAGAAAUUGAAAAGAAAUAUAAAUUUUUAUUACAAAAUAAAUUAGAAGAACAAUCCAUUAAAAAACAAGUUCCAAAAAUAAAUGAAGGCGAUUUAAAAAAUUUAAUAAAAGAUAUUAUAGGUAAAAAUGUUUUCACAAAAAAAAAAAAAAAAAAAAAAAAAAAAAAUGACAAUAAAGUAUUACCUGUAUAUAUACACGAAAUCGAGGAAACUCAUAUAAUGGAAAUAUUGUCAAAAAACAAAUAUAACCAUAUAAAUAUGGGCUCUAUAACUGUGAAAAAUCUCAUAAAAAAAAUUAAUACCUUACUUCGUUCAUACGAUAUUAACAUUGCCGUUCAGGUGAAAAAGGGAAAUAUUACCAUUUGUGAUGAAAAAAUUAUGAACAGUUCAGAAAAAAAUGAAAAAACACCUGAACAAAAUAGUAGCGAUAAUAAUAGUGCCAAUAUUGAGAGCGAACAAAAUAAUGGAGAAGUUAAACAAGAAGAAAGCGAAACGAAAAAAACAAAAACGGAUUUAUGUGUCGACUUAAGCGAUAUAACAUUGUCAGAUGUAAAAGAUUAUAUACAUGGUGAUGAACAUAAUGGAAUAGAAAAUAUAAAUAGUGAUGGCCAAAUUGUUCAAAAUGGCGAGAUAGAAAAUGUAAAUAUUGAUGGUCAACUUGUUCAAAAUGGCGAGAUGGACGAAAAAAAUGUUUUAAAAUAUUUUGACGUAACAGAAAAUAAAAAUUCAAUAAUAUUUGAAAUUAAUGAUUAUAUUUUGGAAAACGAAAAUAAAUCGACAGAAAAACAAAUAGGGGAAUCAAUCAAAUUCGGAAAUGUAGAAAAACUUAAUGAAAAUUAUUUGACUCAGAUUGAGAACGAAAUAAUAAAUGGGUACGAAGAGGGAAGCAGCACCGACACAGCGGAUCAAACCGAAAAUAAUGAACCCGAUAUGAACUUGCCAAAAAGGGCUGAUAAAGUGGAAGUGGAAGUGGAAAUGGAAGAGGAAGAGGAAAACGAGGCGGAAAAUGAGGCGGAAAAUGAGGCAGAAAAUGAGGCGGAAAAUGAGGCGGAAGAAGACGAAAACGAGAUGAGCGGAGGGAAAAAAAAAAAAAAAAUCAACAAGGAGAACAAAGAAAUAGAAAAGCUAAAGGUGCAUUUUCGAUAUAUAAACAAUAAUAAACUAAAAUACAAUUUUGAAAAUGUAUAUGCAAAAAAUAUCGAAGAAAAAAUAGAAUUAUUAUUAUUUAUUUUAAAGAAUGAAAAUAAAAAAAAAAUUAUUAUAUCUACUGAUGAAAAAGAAACAAAUUUAAUAAAAAUGAAAUGUAAAAUUGAAAAGGUAGAAUAUGAAGAUAUUGUAAGUACUUUAAAAAAUAUAAAAUAUUAUUUUUUAAAAAACACAAACUCAAAUAAUUCAUGUUUUAUAUUUAUGAAUGAAAUUGAAAAUACAUUAGCUUUGCGAAAAAUAUUUCGAGGAAUAAGAGAAAAUGAAAAUGAUGAAAAAAAAAUGACAGUAUAUCAUUUUUAUAAUAGUGAACAUAAAUCUUGUGUCCUUAAAAAAUUAUUUUAUUCUAUAACAAAUGAUGAAGAUAUUUAUUCAGCAUAUUUAGGUAAAAUAAAAAAUAAAAAAUCUACAAAUAAGCAUAUCGAAAAAGGAAAUAUUAUCGAUAAUAAAGCUGGGCCGAUUUUUGGACAAACUUCUGACCGAAAUAUAAAAACACACACGUUUGGAAAAUGUAGUAAAAAAAAUUAUGUAAAUUAUAAAAAUGAUAAAAAUGAUGUAGAUGAUGUAAAAAAAAGGAGGGAAAAAGGGGGGAAAAAAAAGUUGAAAACAGCUGAAAAAAAUUGGUUAUCGUUUAGAAGGCGAACUUUAAAAAAAAUUGAUGACAUGAAAAAAAAAGCGGAACUUAUAAAAAAAAAAAAAACUGAAAAAAGGGAUAAAAAGGUUAAAAGGGUUAUUGAAAAAUUAAAAUCGAAAGAAAGAAAGCGUGCUGGAAAAUUGUCCAAAAAACAAACAAACAAAAAAAAGUAA